AUGGGGGUGGCCAAAGUCAUCCGGCGCUUCAGCGGGGCUGGUGGGACAGGAGAACUCCAAGAAGACGAGCCGGUGGAAUCCCCCAAAAGCUGCCACAAUGGCCAGCUUGUCACCAUCCAGCCACGCAGCCGUUUUGUGAGGAAGGACGGCCGCUGCAAUGUGCAGUUUGUCAACAUGAGUGAAAAGGGUCAGCGGUAUCUCACUGAUAUCUUCACCACAUGUGUGGAUAUCCGCUGGCGCUGGAUGUUUCUUAUCUUCUGCCUUUCUUUUGUGCUCUCCUGGCUUCUCUUUGGCUUCACCUUCUGGCUCAUUGCUGCCUUUCAUGGAGACCUUGCACCUGAGCACCCACCCAACUCAAGGCCUUGCUUCUCCGAGAUCACCAGUUUCAUGGCCGCCUUCCUCUUCUCCUUGGAGACACAGACGUCCAUUGGAUAUGGCUUCCGUAGCGUGACAGAGGAAUGCCCAUCCGCUGUCCUGGCUGUGGUGUUGCAGUGCAUUCUGGGAUGCAUCAUUGAUGCCUUCAUCAUUGGUGCAAUUAUGGCUAAGAUAGCCAAGCCAAAGAAACGCAACGAGACCCUUGUUUUUAGCGACACUGCUGUGGUGGCCAUGCGUGACGGAAAGCUCUGCCUUAUGUGGCGUGUGGCUAACCUGCGGAAGAGCCACCUGGUAGAGGCCCAUGUCCGUGCACAGCUGCUGCAGCCUCGUGUGACCCCUGAAGGCGAGUACAUUCCCCUGGACCACAGUGACGUUAAUGUGGGCUUUGACAGUGGCACUGACCGCAUUUUUCUGGUGUCCCCUGUGACAAUUGUGCAUGUGAUUGAUGCUGAAAGCCCUCUGUAUGAGUAUGGUCCUGUGGAGCUGGCAAAAGCUGACUUUGAACUGGUGGUCAUUUUGGAAGGUAUGGUAGAAGCUACAGCAAUGACCACUCAAUGCCGUAGUUCCUAUCUGCCGAGUGAACUGCGCUGGGGGCACCGCUUUGAACCUGUACUCUUUGAACGGCGUGGUCACUAUGAGGUUGAUUACCAGCACUUCCAUCGUACAUAUGAGGUGCCUGGGACCCCAGCAUGCAGUUCCAAGGAGCUAAGCCAUAAAUACAGGGCCUCACCUGUUGGAACCACUGCUGCUCGUUCUUCCUUCUGCUAUGAGAAUGAAGUGGCACUUACCACCUGCCAUGAGGAAGAAGAGGAAGAAGAAAGGCAGGAAAACCAGCGGGUGAGUGUGGAGAAUGAAACAGCCUCUGCCACGUGACGUGAUCCAUGUCCCUGAAAUGAGGAGAGCUGAGGAAAGGUGGGUUAGCACCAUCACCAGACUUCACAUAGUUGGGCUGUUGAAAUAAUUGGCCAAAGGAUCAUCUUUGCAUACUCUGACUGUCUGUCCCUCAAAGGAAAAGGUCUCAGCCUGGCCAUUACCAGAAGGAAUACCAUGGAAAAAACGGAAGGCUUC